AAGCUGCAGGAAAUCCACGAAACACAGGUCAACCAGCUGGUCUUCGAGGCGCAGGCGCUGCGGCGCGCUCUCAACAAGCAGGACCAGGACGGUCUUGCGACGAGUCCUGGGGAAGAUGGGCCCGAGGAGGACAAGGAGGAAGACGCAGAUUCCGUGAUUGACGUAGUGCCAGAAGUCGAGCAGUUCACUCUAUGGAAGGAGUGGACAAUCGGCCCAGAGACCAUCAACGGUAUCAGCAGCGACCUCUUUGCUGACAGGGAGUACGCAUUGGCGGAGCGAACUUUAAAGCUGAAACCUGACCUAAAUGCAUCGUACUCUUCGUCAGCUCUGCACCAUGAUCAUGGUUGCCGAUGUUCCUGUAAAGUCACAGACCUGGUCAUCAGCCCAAUAUCGCCGCAGCGUAUGUUCUGGGACAUUCUGGGUGUCGUUUUCUUGUUCUACGACAUGAUUUGGAUUCCAGUGCAAGUCUUCUCACCCAGACGCCAUUUGGUGACGGAUGUUUUGGAUCUGACAGUGGCCAUAUACUGGACCAUGGAUAUACUUGGCACCUUCUUCACUGGAUUUUAUUCCAGAAAAGGGGAGCUGAUCCGCACCCACAGGGAGAUCGCCUUACAUUACUUGAAGCGCUGGUUCUUCCUCGACGUGAUGAUCGUCAGUGUGGAUUGGGUAUUCAUGUCUGCAUCACUAGGAGAAGAGGAGGAUGGCAUGAUUGACAACGCUGAAGGAUCCGGACUUGCCCGCUUGGGCAAGGUCAUUCGGGUUGCAAGGAUUCUUCGGACUCUGCGGCUUCUGCGACUCAUGAAGUUGAGGCAUAUCUUCUUUGCGAUUCAAGAGCGUAUCGACUCGGAGGCAGUGUUUAUUCUCGUGGGCACCGUGAAAAAUCUGCUGGUCCUUCUCUUUGUGAACCACAUCUUUGCCUGCCUUUGGUAUCUCAUCGGUGUGCUAGGAGAAGGAGGUCCUCCGGACGAGCACUGGGUGUUCGCUUACGACACCGGAGAGACUGUUUUUGAGAAGUACAUGCUUAGCCUUCACUGGUCGUUGACGCAAUUCACACCAGCAGGCAUAGAGAUUCAUCCGCGCAACGUCUUUGAACGAGUUUUCAAUGUCGGGCUCAUCCUGAUUGCAAUGGUGGGAUUCUCCUCCUUCGUUAGUGCAAUCACUGCGUCUAUGACAAGACUUCGAAGUUUGCAAGGCAAUGAGCUGUCGGAGGCAUUCUUGCUCAGGAGGUUCCUCAAAGAAAACCACAUAUCCGCAGAUCUCCAGUCCAGAGUAGUACGCUACAUCGACAUGGCCAUUGAGGUCAAUAGAAAGAAGAUCGACAAGAGCCGGGUCGCCUCUUUGAACAUGUUGAGUGGUCCUCUGCGGGUUGAGCUGCAGAAGGAGCUUUACCUCCCUGCCCUUGUCAUUCACAAGUUCUUUGUUAAGUAUGCGAAAUACGAUGCCGCAAUCAAUCAAAUUUGCUUCAAGGCAGUCGAAAAGAUGAACCUCUCCCGAUCAGACGUACUUUUCCAGCUGCACGGUGAGUCCCACACGAUGUGCUUCUUGACUAGUGGCAGUACAUAUUACCAGCGACCGAAGAAUACACCUGCAUGGGAGGCCCAUCAGAGGAGAUCGCGGAAGGUAGCAGCCAGCGCACUCUUCAACCGAGUCUUAACUCUUUCCAAGGACAGCUACUUCUGCGAGCACUCGCUCUGGCUUCCUUGGACACACAGAGGUACCAUGGGCGCGCUCACGGACAGCGAGCUGUUGGCUUUGGACAGUGCCAAGUUUAGGCAGAUUACCACGGAGUACAAGGACAUAUUCCAAAGCUCCAAAGCCUAUGCACUUCAGUUCGUUCAAGACCUUGAGGAGUUCAGUGACACGCACGGCUGUGCCUGGGACUUGCCCAAAGAGGUGACCCACCCGAAAAGCUAUCACUCUGACGCUCCGAUUUACAAGUCGACCUUGGAGCAGAAGCAACUCGAGGAGCUGAAGAUGAGUGAAUUACUUGCAGCUUGCAUCGAGGAUGAUUUGGAUCAGGACGUUGAUGAACACAUUUGA